GACAAUGAGCAGAUCAACACCUGUAAGGUCAAUAAGCACUAGAGGAUCAAUUGGAAGCGCUGCUGUAUCAACCACAACUGGAAAGUCAGUGAUCACUCAAACUUCAUCCACAACUCGAGGCAAUUUAGUGACUGGUGGUGGGUCAUUGUCCACUGGAAGAUCAACAGCAGAUGCUCGAGGAUCAACCAUUGAGAGCAGAUCAAUGGGCCCCAGAAUAUCAACUAUCAAUGGAGGCUCAAUGGCCACUGGAGUUGUAAGCAGAUCAACAGCAGCCAGUAGAACAGCAUCUAUAGUUGAGUCAACAAAACAUGGUGAUGGUGCUUCAACAACUCACAUCAGUGCAUCAAGUGCAGCUCAGCAGACAAUUUCCCGCAAAGGAACUACACAAACGGAACCAGCAGCAAUACACUCCACAGAAACAACACUGGAAAAGACGACCCCAGAGCCUGAACGUAUUGUCAUCUUGGUUUUUGUCAUAAUCGUUCCUUUCAAUGAUGCCCUGACAAAUCCAACCUCAGUGGAAUUCAUCAAUCUGCAACGAGAGGUUAUAUUCAUGUAUGACUUCAUCUUCAGGACAAGCUUCCCUGGCAUCUACAUCCGCACAGUUGUCAUAGCUUUUCGUCCAGCUGCUGGUGGCACCACACGGGCUGUUAACACCGAAGCACAAGUGGAGGUGGUGUUUAACAAUUCUGCGUCCGCCAGUGCGAUUCCAACCUCAGACAUGGUCAGAGAAGCCUUUGUUGAAGCUGUGACAAACUCAAAUAACACCUUCAACCUUUCUGUUGAUGCUGAAUCCAUCAGAAUUGUCAAUAAAACAACCGUGGUGCCAACUACUGCAAUAGCAAGUUCAAAUACGAUAGCAACAACCUCAAAUGCAGCACAUGGUGCAACGACAAAGAAAGCUACAACCAAAGCAACAACAACCGCUGCUGUCACUGAAUCCCUCACUACAAAAGUGGUGACCUUCAGAUCUGUUGGAGAAACAUUUACCAGUGAGUUGUUGAAUCCAUCGUCAGCAGCAUUUACGCAACGGGCUUCGACUAUUAAAACCAUGGUAAGUCACUCAUUCAUUGAUGUCAUUAAUCAGAGAUUUACAAAGUUGCAUUUCAGACAUGAAUACCUUUGUUCUAUUGCUUUACUAGUCAAUGCAUAUUUUUCAUAUUCCAAGCUUGACAUCUUCAAAUAUUGUUCAUAUUAUAUAUUAAUGGUUGGGCAUUACUGUGAGGAAUAGUCUCUGUGAUCUGACUGUGGUGAACUUUUGUGCUCAUGGCAGUUGCUUAUGAGCACAAGCCAUGUGUCUGAUCUGAGUCCAUAUACCUUGGUGACACUUUGGU